GCUGUGCAAAUUUGUUUUCCACUACAGCAGGUAUAUAUAACGGUGGUCAUGAAGACAUUUUAGAGAAAUAGUUUACGCGUACAUUUAUGAAGGAUGGUUGAGCUCAUGUUUGUAAUUUUUAUUAUGGUUGCUACCUGUAAUGCAACAAAAAAGGCAUGCCAAAGUUCUGAAGAUAUUUUUGUAAAGAUGAAAGACAAUGGUGAUGCUCUAUCACAAAAAGAUUUCAUUUCAAGUCAUGUCGUUUACGAUGUGGUUGAAUGCUCAUUUAAAUGUCUUAAACAGCAGCAAUGUGUUGGCUUAAACUUUCUUGAAACUGCAAAAGAACAUGAGAUAAACUGCCAAAUUAGCAACACAACAAUAAAGGACAACUCUAAAAUUAUGGCUUCCAGUGGAAAAUGGACUUUCUAUCAAACAAUUUAUUCUCGUUUGGCGGUCAACAUAUUGAAGAGUUCGAGGAUGUUACAAGUCAAAAAUUGGCUGCCUUCAAACUUGAAAGACAAUAACACGGUGCACUGUUACCAAGCAACAGUAAAUGGAUGGAAAGCAAGCACAUUUCACAGUCUCUGUGACAAUAAAGGACCAACGUUGGUUUUUGUUAAAGUGGGAAGUUAUGUGUUUGGUGGAUUUGCAUCAGAAUCUUGGGGAGGAAAUUCUCCUUUCAUUAGAGCAGAAAGAUCGUUUAUUUUUUCCUUAAAAAACAAGGAUAAUCUACCACCAUUUAAAUCCAACGUUGUACAACUAGACCUGGCAAUGUACAACGACAAUGGCCAUGGACCCUCAUUUGGUGCUUAUGAUUUGCUCAUCACCACCAAUGCCAACUCUGAUACCUUUUCAUCAACAGGAGGGUUUGGAACCUCAUACGAGCUUCCAAAUGGUUACUCUUCCGAGAGCAACAAAACAAAAAACUUGUUAGCAGGUUCCCCUCGCUUCACACCAGAUGAAGUGGAGGUGUUUUACUUUUCUUAAAUAAAUCGUAAUAUGAGACUUGUACGUAAAUUUUUACAUGUUUUAUAGAAAAGUUACUGUUGUGUUUUUGUUUAUGUAUACUAUAAUGAGUUUACAGUAAAGUCAUGCAAAUAAAUUGGGAUCUGUAUCAAAAA